CAGAUAUAUGUGAACACCAUGGCCACUUGACUGUAGGUACAUUAUACAGCAGACCCUGCUCUCCUCCAAUACAUAUUUAUCUGCAUAUUAAAAAGGGGCCAGUUUUUUGUUCUUUAUUUGCAAUGCGCAUCUUAUUUCGAAUGCAUAAGUAACUUUGUAACUUGAACCUCAGUGCUAGUCCGCGUGUCGUGUUCAGUUUACCGCUUGUUGUCUUUAGAAAACAAAUUCUUCCAAAUAAACAUGUAUAAAAUAUCCUCAGCGGUAGUAAAAAGACUUGAAAUGGGUUCUGUUUGUUGUGUAAAGUUCAGUUCAAUCGCUGCCGAGCGGGUAGUGCAAGGCCGUGAUAUAAAAAUAAAAGCAUUCGAGGAUAUACCUGGGCCAAAGAGUUAUCCUGUUGUUGGGACACUUCAUAAGUAUUUGCCUUUAAUAGGCGACUACAACGCGAACUCCCUAGAUAAGAACGCCUGGUUCAACUACCGUCGGUACGGCGACCUCGUCCGGGAACACCCGGCCGUCCGGCUGCUCCACGUGUUCGAUCCGGACGACAUAGAGACGGUGUUCCGGCAGGAUGACCGGUUCCCGGCGCGCAGGAGCCAUGUCGCGAUGCAGCACUACAGGCUCGGCAAGCCAGCUGUUUAUAGCACAGGAGGAUUGCUCUCUACAAAUGGUCCCGACUGGUGGAGGCUCAGGAGCGCCUUUCAGAAGAACUUCACAAGCCCUCAAAGCGUGAAGGAACAUGUUACAGACACGGAUGACAUUGUGAGGGAAUUUGUGCAGUGGAUUAAAACUGAGAAAGUGACGCCUAAUGACGACUUCUUGACGUAUCUAAAUAGACUGAACUUAGAAGUAAUCGGAAAGGUGGCUUUCAACGAGCGUUUCAACAGUUUCUCAGAAGAAGAACAGGAUUCUCGGUCCCGCAGUAGUAUGACGAUCAAAGCUGCCUUCGGCUCCAACGCGGGGAUUAUGAAACUGGACAAAGGCUUCCUUUGGAGAAAAUUUAAGACGCCUCUGUACAGAAAACUGGUUAAUUCUCAGGAGUACUUGGAGAAGGUAGCUAACAGAUUACUUGUCUCAAAUUUUCUGUUCUUCGAAGAUUCAGUAGACCCUCUGAACCACUCGCUUUUGGCAUCCUUCCUAAAACAGUCGUCGAACGUGACUUUGAAGGAUAUUCUAGGAAUGAUAGUCGAUAUUCUAAUGGCUUCUAUCGAUACGACAGCCUAUUCAACAAGUUUUGCACUAUAUCAUCUUUCUAACAACCCAGAAUGUCAAGAGAAACUGUUCCAAGAGGCCCUGACUAUCCUCCCAAGUAAAGAUACUCCACUAACUGCAGAUACGUUGUCUAAGGCACAUUACCUAAGGAGUUGUGUUAAGGAGAGUUUGAGACUAAAUCCGGUGUCUAUAGGCGUGGGCAGGCUACUACAAAAAGAUAUCGUAUUGAAAGGAUAUCAUAUACCUAAGGACACAGUCAUAUUAACCCAGAACAUGGUGGCUUGCCGCUUACCCCAAUACGUGAAGGAUCCUCUAAAGUUCAGUCCCGACCGUUGGAUUCGCAACUCUCCCCUCUACGAGAAUUUGCACCCUUUUCUUAGCCUCCCAUUUGGGUUUGGGCCCCGAUCUUGCAUCGCAAGGAGACUGGCUGAACAAAACAUGUGUAUUACUUUGAUAAGGAUGGUACGUGAAUUCCAGCUCCAUUGGGAAGGCAAAGCACUUGGAAUUAAAACACUGCUAAUCAACAGACCCGACCAACCUAUAAUGCUGGAUUUCAAAAAUAGAACUAUGUAACAAUACUUUGCGACUAACGCCACUUUGGAGAACAAUAACAAGAUGUUACUCUUAGCUUUGUACCUCGUUGGGAUAACGAUGGCAGCUCCAACUAUUUCAGAAGAACUGGCAACAGCGGAGUCCCUAAUCUCUGUAACGCCAGUACUACGCGAUCCUGUUUCUACUUUGGAAAUUAUUAUACCUGUAGCUAAAGAAUACAAGCAGAAGUCGCCAUGCAAAGAAUUUCUGAUUGUACCAGAAAUAAUCAAGACUAUAAACGUUGAACCAAUGCCAGCCAAUCUAGCUUUAUAUCAAAGAAAUCGUGGCAUUACAGAUUGGUUACCUUCAAUACCUUUCUUACCUUCCUUAUCAGCCUUAACGUCCUUCUUGCCCUCAUUACCUUCCCUACCAUCCAUGUCAUCUAUAACUUCUAUGUUACCUUCCUCGUCUUCAUUACCCUCUAUCUCAUUGCCUAAUAUCACUCUUCCUCCAUUAAUUCAAAACUUGAAUUUCUUCCCUUCUUUCACUUAUAAUAAUCCUAAGAUUAUGUACAGAUCUUACUAUACAAGUUUUCCGGGUGGUGUAGUUUUUCAAGUUCCUAGACCGU